AUGGCCAUCUCCAAAUCUCUCACCAGGAGUGCCUCCACAGCUUCCAUCAGAUACAGAUAUGCUUAUGGAGAGCUCAUCCGCGUCUAUGUCGGCCGCGAGAACCGAGAAUUCAUCAUCAACAGGGCCCAGCUCUGCGCCGCCUCAUCCUAUUUCCAAGAGAAGCUCAAGCUCGUAGACGACUCCUCCGUCAUGCACCUUCCACACGACUCGCCCGCCAUGUUCGAGCUGUUCGUCACCUGGGUCCACAGCCAAGUCUCCUUCCGCAAGUACCUCGACGACACCAUCACCAUGGCCUGCAGCCAGGCCGCCAACGUCCCCAAGGGCGUCGACUCGCCCACCCUCUGCCAGAAGCUCCACUGGGCCCUGGUGCGCCUGCACCUCUUCGCGUCGACCCUCAACAUCCCCACACUGCAAGAUACGGCCAUGGACGCCAUCCAGGACCUCUACCUCCGCCGCGACUGGGACGUAACGCCCCGCUUCAUCGCCUUCCUCUACGAGCAGUGUUCCCCCUCGGCCUCGCUGCGCCUCCGCCGCUGGGCCGUCGCCAUGGUCGCUUACACGCUCUCCUCCACAAACUCCCUCGACCGCACACCAGACUCCGUCCCCGCCCAGUUCCACAUCCUGCUCAAGACAUUCCCGGUGUUCAGCGCCGAGUACGCCAACCACCUCCGCAAGAUGUCCGUCUCCGGCCUAGAUAUCCGCGUCAAGAACCCUCAGCUUCGCAUCCCCGCCAACCGUCUGCGUAACGAGGAGCGACGCUUCGCCUUUCGGCAGUGCGCAUUUCACACGCACCGCGCCGCUGUUGGAGAGAAGAAGUGUCCCCACGAUUUGGCGGAGAUGAAGCUUAAGAGGAUGCCCAUCAUGGCUCCUCUUGUUGAGGACAUUAGCGGGUUCGAGGAGGCUUCGAAGACGCCAGGGAAUCCGGACGUGCCGAAGCCUUUGAGGCGGCUUAGGUCUAUCUCGGGGAGCCAGAUAUGA